AUGGAGACGUUAGCACGCAUCAUACCACCCCGCCUCGACUACUUUGGCAUGCUAGAUGACCUGGCGCGCGGCUCUGCAUUCGGCAAGGCGAGCGCCAGGAUGGUCUACAGCAGCUAUACAGACGGGAUCUCGGCAUACUAUAUCUUCGAACGCACUGCCAAACGGCGAGCGAACGAGACGGCGUACAUCUUUGAGGGCCAAAAGUAUACUUGGAAGGAGACCCAAGAGGCUGUCAACCGUUUGGCACACUACUGGAUAGAUCAGGGCUUCAAGCGAGAUGAUACCGUCGCAUUCGUCAUGCCCAACAAAUACAACUUUAUCGUCUGCUGGCUCUCCUUCAUGGCGCUCGGCGUACAGCCUGCCUUUAUCAACUACAAUCUCACGGGUGACUCGCUCGUUCAUUGUAUCAAAGUCAGCGAGGCAAAGGCUAUCAUCUUUGACCUCGAUUGCGUGCCCUCUGUUCGCUCUGUUCAGAAGAAGCUGUCCGGUCUGCAGCUUUACGUGUGGAAAGAUGGCCAAAGUCUCGUAGACGCUAAAGGUGAGGCGGGUCUCGAGAAAUACUGGGCAGAUGCAAAAUGGCACGUCAUCGAGCCAAAUGCGUACAGCCAGCUUUCGACAGCGACUAUACCCCACAAACCCUAUCGCACAGGUCUCACUUGGAAAGAUCCAGUCUGCUUUAUAUACUCUUCCGGCUCGACAGGCUUGCCCAAAGCUGCACCGGUCUCUCAAGCCAAAGUCACGACGGGCUCCUUGACAUGGAGCAAAUUCUGCCAAUGGCAGCCCAAUGACAUCAUCUAUACCUGCUUGCCACUCUAUCACUCGUCUGCUGCUCUGCUUUGUGUCGCUGCUGCUUGGUCUUCCGGAUCGACUGUUGCGAUCUCGCGCAAGUUCUCUGCGAGCAAGUUCUGGUCCGAAGUCAAGUCUGUGGACGCAACAGUAAUUCAAUACAUCGGUGAGAUCUGUCGAUACAUCUUAUCUCAAAAUCCGGAUCCCGAGCAUGAUAAGGACAACAAGGUCAGAAUGGCCUUUGGCAACGGCAUGCGACCAGACGUCUUCGAAGACUUUAAAGCGCGCUUUGGCAUACAAGCUAUCAGCGAGUUCUAUGCAAGUACGGAAGGCAACACCUUCUUGUUCAACUAUAAUCAGUCUACCUUCGGAUCCGGAGCUAUAGGGCGCGAGAGCUUCCUCUCGAAACGAUUAGCCGGCAAUUACAUCUUGAAAGUGGACCCCGACACACAAGAGCUGUGGCGCAAUUCGAAAGGCUUCUGUGAAGAGGCUGCGUUCGGAGAGCCAGGCGAAUUGCUUGUGAGCAUCAAUGAGAUGCAUCCGGCCAAGGGCUUCAGCGGCUACAAGGGCAACAAGGAUUCGACGAAUGACAAGAUUGAGGAAAACGUCAUGAAGAAGGGCGACAAGUUCUUCCGCACGGGUGAUCUUCUCAGCCGACAACCGACAGGCUAUUACUACUUUGUCGACCGGCUCGGUGACACGUUCAGAUGGAAAUCUGAGAAUGUCUCGACCGCCGAAGUCACGGAAGCGCUUCACUCGUACGACGGUCUCGAGGAGAUUGCAGUCUAUGGCGUCCAGCUGCCUAAACAUGACGGACGCGCCGGGUGUGCAGGUAUUCCGCAAGACUCCCUCAAAGGCCUUGAUCUGCAAGGACUUCUUGCUCAUGCAAAGGAGAACUUACCGAAGUAUGCCGUGCCUGUCUUCAUUCGAGAAAGGCGCAGGCAAACCAAGACCUCGACUGAAAAGGUCAUCACUACCCAGCUCAAAAAGGAAGGCGUCGAUCCAUCCAAGGUGGAUGGCGAUAAGAUCUACUGGCUCCAAGGUGACAAGUAUGUACCUUUCAAGAAAGCUGACUGGGAAGCGCUCGAGAACGGCAAGAAGUCUAUCUGA